AUGAACGCACGCUUCGAUCGCGCGACUCUGUGCUUGGACGACGAUUCCAGCAAGGAGGGUGUUCACUCCUUGUCGGAUCUGAUUCAGUUCAAUGCCGACCACAACCCUGACCAUUUGUUCGCCAUCCAGGAGGUGAAGCUUGGCCAGCAGCGACAACUGGAGCGAGUGACCUUUCGAACCCUACAUCAUGCAGUCCUGGCUUGGCUCUUCAUCUACCUCUCCUCCCUCCUCUCCCUUGAGAGCCCUGUUCUUCUCCUCUCUGCUCGACUGGGCCCAGCAGCCAUCAGCCAUCUCGUCUCAAAGACCGGCUCAUCUGCCAUUCUAACCUCGAAAAGAACAGUAUCCCAAGCGUCUCAGGCAACACUUGACAGUCCUAUCAAAAUCCUUAACGCCCCUCCAUUUUCGGAAUUCCUGACCUCACCUUCCAUCAAGUACGCAGGCCAACGUGUUCCAAGCGUUCCAUCUCACAAGGACGAGCCCGGCGCACUUAUACUGCAUUCAUCUGGGACCACUGGACUGCCCAAGCCUAUCUUUCUCACGCAUCGGUACAUCCUGGGCUACGCCGCGUGUCACCGUCUGCAGCCCGAAGAGUCAGUAGGCCGUGUGAACGUCUCGACACUGCCACUCUACCAUGUAUGCUAG